CUCGCGAUCCCAUCCACCUCUCGCCGCCGCAGCCAUGGGCGCCCCCCCUUCCUACGGCGCCCUGCUGCUGCUUCCUCUUCUACUCCCCCUCCUCGCUGCGGGCGCCACGGAGACGUCGCCGGAGCAGCCCGCAUUACCCUCCUCCUCCGGUGGGGGGAACGGCACGGCCACGGCUACGGGGGUGAACUCCAACUCGGUGCUGGUGGCGCUGCUGGACUCGCACUACACGGAGCUGGCGGAGCUGGUGGAGAAGGCGCUGCUGCUGCAGGCGCUGGAGGACGCCGUCGGGAGGGGGAACGUCACCAUCUUCGCGCCCAGGAACGAGGCGCUCGAGCGCGACCUCGACCCGGAGUUCCGCCGCUUCCUCCUCGAGCCGCGCAACCUCAGGUCGCUGCAGCAGCUGCUCCUCUUCCACGUCCUCCCCGCCCGCAUCCACGCUUCCGACGCCGCCGCCUCCUCGCUGCCCUCCUCCCACCCCACCCUCUCCGGCGAGCACGUCGAGCUUGCUCGUGGGGAUGGCUCGAUGCGGGUCGGCACCGCCGCUGUCACGCGCCCCGACGCGGUGGUGCGCCCCGACGGCGUCAUCCACGGCAUCGAGCGCCUCCUCGUGCCGCGCUCCGUGCAGGAGGACUUCAACCGCCGCCGCAGCCUCGCCGCCAUCUCGGCCGUGCUCCCCACGGGGGCUCCCGAGGUGGAUCCCCGGACGCACCGGCUGAAGAAGCCCGCCCCGCCCGUUCCCCCCGGCGCGCCGCCGGUGCUCCCGAUCUGGGACGCAAUGGCGCCGGGCCCAUCCAUCGCGCCUGCGCCGGCGCCGGGGCCCGGGUCCGGGAAGCACCACUUCGACGGGCACAGCCAGGUGAAGGACUUCAUCCAGACCCUCCUCCUCUACGGCGGCUACAACGAGCUCGCCGACAUCCUCGUCAACCUCACCUCGCUCGCGACAGAGAUGGGCCGCCUCGUCUCCGAGGGCUACGUGCUCACCGUCCUGGCGCCCAACGACGAGGCCAUGACGCGGCUGACGACCGACCAGCUCAGCGAGCCGGGCUCCCCGGAGAACAUCCUCUACUACCACAUGAUCCCGGAGUACCAGACGGAGGAGAGCAUGUACAACGCCGUCCGCCGCUUCGGCAAGGUGAGGUACGACACGCUCCGGCUGCCGCACAAGGUGACGGCGAGGGAGGCCGACGGGUCGGUCAAGUUCGGCCACGGCGAGGGCUCCGCCUACCUCUUCGACCCGGACAUCUACACCGACGGGAGGAUCUCCGUGCAGGGCAUCGACGCCGUGCUCUUCCCGCCCCAGGACACCGCCACCGGCGGCUCCGACUCCUCCGGUUCCUCCCCCUCCGCGCCGGCCAGGAAGGCCCCCGCCGUCACCGCCCAUUCCAAGUCCAAGCUCCGACGAGGGAAGUUGUUGGAAGGGGCAUGCCAGGUGAUGGGCUUCCUAGGCGCGAGCUGCCAAUAGACACGGUGACAAUGGCCGGCUUGAUGGACAAAUAUGUAUAUCUGCCUCUGCUUUUUGCCCAACUCAUGACGCUGAAACAUGAACCGAAACGAAGACUACAGAUGAUGACUGGUUCGAUGGUGGAUGGAUGGAUGGACAAAGAUUAUGGUGGUUUUUUAAGCUUAAUUAAGAGGAGGAAAUAAGGUGUCAUGGGGACGAGUUGAGACGGAUGGUAGACCUUGUUUGGUUAUUGGAGGUGGAGGGAAAAGGAAAAAAAAAGGCUGGAAAUUUGUUUAUACUGGUCACUGAAGAUCAACACCGAUGUAUAGCAAUUAAACUUUCUA